CAGACCCCCGCAAAAAAAAGUUGUACCCGGAUCUCGAAAUAACUUCCUCCCCCUUCGAAACACCACGCAACCGGACUAACCGCAGCAGCAGUCAUCUCUCACUUGCGCGCUCAACACCCUUACCCGACGACACAAAAAUGGCUGACCGUGGUGCAAGCGCCCCCGCCCGUGGAGGUGGUGGUUUCGGAGCUCGUGGCGGCGACCGUGGUCGUGGCGGCGACCGUGGUCGUGGACGUGGCCGUGGUCGCGGACGUCGCGGCGGCAAGAGCGAGGAGAAGGAGUGGCAGCCCGUCACCAAGCUCGGUCGUCUCGUGAAGGCCGGCAAGAUCAGCUCCAUGGAGGAGAUCUACCUUCACUCCCUGCCCAUCAAGGAGUACCAGAUUGUCGACUUCUUCCUGCCCAAGCUCAAGGAUGAGGUCAUGAAGAUCAAGCCCGUCCAGAAGCAGACCCGUGCCGGUCAGCGCACGCGUUUCAAGGCCAUCGUCCUCAUCGGUGACUCUGAGGGCCACGUCGGUCUCGGAAUCAAGACCUCCAAGGAAGUCGCUACCGCUAUCCGCGCUGCCAUCAUCAUCGCCAAGCUUAGCGUCAUCCCCGUCCGUCGCGGAUACUGGGGAACCAACCUCGGUGCCCCCCACUCCCUGCCCACCAAGGAGUCUGGAAAGUGCGGUUCCGUCACCGUCCGUCUCAUUCCCGCCCCCCGCGGUACCGGCCUUGUCGCCUCCCCCGCCGUCAAGCGUCUCCUCCAGCUCGCUGGUGUCGAGGACGCCUACACCUCCUCCGCCGGUUCCACCAAGACCCUCGAGAACACCCUCAAGGCCACCUUCACCGCCGUCUCCAACACCUACGGCUUCCUUACCCCCAACCUGUGGAAGGAGACCAAGCUCAUCAGAUCGCCUCUCGAGGAGUACGCGGACACCCUGCGUGAGGGCAAGAAGUACUAGAGGAUGUGCGAAUGAUGGGGAGAACGUCGGCGGCGAGGAG